CUUCUUCCAGACGGGCAGAAAAGCUUGGGUACCGCGUCCAGCUCCUCUUCCUUUCUUCAUCUCCUCCUUGUCUUCUUUCGAGUCUAUGCAAGGGAUGGCGAGCAGGAGCUCCGUUAGCGAGCCUACGUAUCUGCUUGUAGGCUAGUCGUUGAGGAAUCCAGGUAUGUGCUCGCCGGCGAGUCCUAACGAUGCUCAGGCGCGUGGCCGCGCGUGCAAUAGCCUCAACCGAUUGUGCAUCAAAGUCAACCGAGUACGGGCGUGAGCCGUGGGAGCAGUUUCGUUCUGUGUUCCAAACUGCCUUGGUAUCCGAGAAAAACUGAUACGUCCGGUAGAAGAGGACGGAAGGAGUACGUUUUUUUAGAACAAAGGAAAUACUGGUAAAACAGGGCAACCCUGGAACAGAGAAACAUAGGAAGCGAAGGGGCAAAUCGUAAUUGUAGCAUUCUGAUUUCUGCACCUCCUCGCACCUUCCACCCUUCGAUCCCACGACUUCUCCUUUCUCCACCUUUCUUCCCAUCAAGAACCCCAAUCCAAAGCCCAACCCGAAAAAAUUCCAAUAAAUUCUCCUAAGCAUCUCAUUUUGUGUCAGAUCGAACCUGGUCUCGCAGCCAUUAUCUGUUCGAUCAUAGCAGUGGAGUAGAGCGUUGAGGAGGGGAGGGGCCAUGGCGUCGUCGGUCGAGGAGGAGGAGGCGUUCGAGCACACGCUACUGGUGGUGCGGGAGGUGUCGGUGUUCAAGAUCCCGCCGCGCUCCACCAGCGGCGGCUACAAGUGCGGCGAGUGGCUGCAGACGGACAAGAUCUGGACGGGCCGCCUCCGCGUGGUGUCGUGCGGCGACCGCUGCGAGAUCCGGCUGGAGGACCCGGGCUCCGGGGACCUCUUCGCCGCCUGCUUCGUGCUGCCCGGUCAGAGGGAGAGCGCCGUCGAGACCGUGCUCGACUCGUCACGCUACUUCGUGCUCCGCAUCGAGGACGGCAGGGGGAAGCACGCCUUCGUCGGCCUGGGCUUCAACGAGCGCAAUGAGGCCUUCGACUUCAACGUCGCGCUGUCGGAUCACGAGAAGUAUGUCAAGAGGGAGCAAGAUAAGGAGGCUGACGGCGAGGAAGCUGACGAAGGCCAGAUUGAUAUCCACCCUGCCGUCAAUCGCCGGCUCAAGGAAGGCGAAACAAUAAGGAUAAAUGUAAAAAACAAGCCAUCUACUGGAAGUGGCAUGCUUUCAUCUGCUGGUUUAUCUGGUGGGCCCACUGAAAAACCUAAGGCAAGCAUGCUCCUUGCACCACCACCAGGUGCAACUGGGAAGCUUCGAUCUCCUCUUCCACCUCCACCUAACGACUCAGCAUCUGCAAGAUUGAAUUCUGGACAUAAUGCUGGAACCAGGGCCCCGAAAGAACCUACCAAGAAAAACAGCGACCCUUUUUCAGAUAUUUCUGCUAUAGAGCGAAGCCUACCUUCAUCGACUGAAUUGGGACAAACAAAAGGCACAGGUGCUGGAUGGGCAGCAUUUUGACAACGGUUCUGCCAUCUGCUGUUGAUAAUCUGUGCUCUGGAAAAAGUAUGAAGACAACUGCGUCGCUGAAAAAGUACACACUGCUUCUACUUACUGGGAGUCUCUAUCCUUUGAAAUCACAUGGUGAAAAAUGACUGGUCUGCAUCCACUUGGCACUCAGAAAAUAAAUAUUCAGAAAGGUGCUGUUAUCCAUCAAACCACAUGGAUUCAGGGGGCUCUGAAAGUCUGAAUAGAAGUGUGGCUUUCUUUGUUUGUCAUAUUUGUGUUGUCAAAUUUCACAUACUGAUACCAGAAUCAUACUGACCCCAAUGUGUGUUUGUGGGCCAAAAGGUUCCAGAGUACUGUUUAUGCGGAAAGCUCGUUUUAUUCAAUCA